AAGAAAUGAUGGAGAAACACGUCAAAGACUUCUGAUCACGAUUGAUGUUCUAGUCUUUCUCAAGCCCAGCUUUUACACAACCUUCCUAGAGGGCAGUGCUAAAUGUGGACACUGGGCCCAACCUCCAAGGACUUUGACAAACACCAUUUAUAUACCAGAUGGUCUUCUGGGUAUGGUUGCUCACAUGAUGUACACAACUGUAUUUCAGAUGACUGUAAAUCUUGGUCCUGAAGACUGGAGACCUCACACGUGGGAUUAUGGCUGGUCCUAUUGCCUCGCAUGGACUUCCUUCGCUUGCUGUAUGGCUGCAGCUGUCACCACUAUUAACAAAUAUACAAAAACUAUUUUGGAAUUCAAGCACAAAAGAAAAAUGCUGGAAAGGAGUUUAAAGCUUAAGUACAAGUUUCCUGAUCACACAGCUCCAGAGAAAGCUUGCAAUGUGUAUGUGAACUCUUUUCACAACAGUACAGAAGACCCUGCACACCCAAUAAAAGGCUUGUGUCACCUGGCCACUAUUACAAUUCUGUAA